AGUAAUGUAUCCGAACGCCAAAAUAUCUUGGCGCUCUCCUCUUCAAAUUGAAACAAAUCAGAUUUUUUUUAUCACAUCAACAUGGCGGAUAAAUCUGAAAGAGAGUUAGAUGGAGAAAGCUAUGCGUUACAUUCACACCAUAGAGUCAAAGAUGAACCAAUGGAAAUGGAUUUACCGGAAGAGGAGGAGGAACUACCAGCUUUUGGUCCAGCUGCACUUGGCCUUCACAGAGUUGGCACCAAGUUGCCGCCAAAACCUGCACCUAGUGAACCAGUCCAGAAGCUGAAUGCUAGAGGUAUGCCUGCUCGGAUAAGGAAAAAAAACAAAUUUAUAUUUGUGGAUGAUUUUGUAAAUACGUCACCACCAAGACAGUCUCCGAAGAGAACUCCAAAAAUUAUAUCACGUACACCAAGUAAACCAUCAAGUGCGAAAAAGCAAAAGUCACCAUCAAAAGUUCAAAGGAAUGUUGAUAGAUAUGAAGACAAAUCUGAUAAUGUUGGCAACCACUCACCAGAUCGGAAGUCUGGACAACGAAUUGGUAUGAGGCUUAGAAACUUGCUUAAAUUACCAAAAGCUCAUAAAUGGGUUUGUUUUGAGUAUUUCUAUAGCAAUAUUGACAAGGCUCUUUUUGAUGGAGAAAAUGACUUUAUGAUUUGCUUAAAAGAAUCGUUUCCACAACUUGCUCAUCGUAAAUUGACUCAAGUGCAGUGGGCUAAAAUAAGAAGAAUGAUGGGCAAACCUAGAAGAUGUUCACAGGCAUUCUUUGCUGAAGAAAGGAAAGAGCUUGAAAGAAAAAGAAAGUUGAUUAGGUAUAUCCAACAAAGAAAAACAGCAGAUAUAUCUCUAAAAGACUUGCCUAAUGAAAUCCCCAUGCAAUUAGUAGUGGGUACUAAAGUAACAGCUAGAUUAAGAAAACCACAAGAUGGAUUGUUUACUGGCUGCAUUGAUGCUGUUGACACUUCCAAUAAUACAUACAGAAUAUCAUUUGAGAGGCCUAAGUUAGGUACACACUCUGUGCCAGACUUUGAAGUGCUGUCUAAUGAUCCGCCUGAUACCAUAUGUCUUUCUAGCAUCACUCAAAAAUUCAGACCACGUCAAGUAGUUCAUGAUAUCUAUAACAUUUGCCAACCAUAUUCACAUAUGAAUAACAAUACUAAGGGAGAUCCUUUAAUUGGGUGUGCUGAUAUAAAAAAACAUUUAGAGUCUGCAAAUAGCAAUUAUCCAUUAGCUUUUAUGGAAUUAAUUGUUAGACUAACUAAAAUAUUGCAUGCAAAAAGGGGCAAAAUUAAUAGAUUGAAAGAAUAUAAUAGUGAGGCUGAAAAACGCAAAUGUUUUGGUCAAAAAUUUCCAGAAGAUUUUGAAAGAAAAUAUGCAUCUGUAGUGAUAGAUCUGGAAAGGAUGAAUAUGGAUUUACAAGAUUAUAUUAAUGAAAUUCAAGGUUACUGCCAACAAAUUGCACCAGGCCCUAGUUUAGCAGCAAUGCUUGCUCCGUCGCAUUUAAGGGAAAAAUGUAAUGACGAAGCCACAUUAUUAGUAGAAAAGAAUAAUAAUGGUGCAGUAAAAGAUGAAACACUUAUUGAACUAAUUACAGACCUUACAGCAUUAAUGUUACAAGUGAAAAGUUUAUCGGAUUCCGAUCAAAAUGCUUAUGAAUUAAGUAUAUUACAAGGGUCAAUGGACAGAAUAAAAAUGAAAUUAAAGCCACAUCACCAAAAACUAUUUCUAAAUAAUGUAGAAGUUCAUAUGCAGAGAAUACAGAUGGGUUUGGGUCAAAUGUCAUCGAACAGUUUUGUAACGACUGGUUCAUAAAAGUGCAAAAGUGUGUAUUGGUAUUGAUAAAUUACUUGUUGACUGAUUUAAUAUUGAUGUUUGCAAUCAAGUGUCAAUGAAUUUUUAAAAUAUAUUAUUAAUUAUGUUUUAACUUGCAAUAUGUAAAAAAUCUUCCACAUACAUUUAAUUCUAUGGUAAUUACAACAGAUGAUGUAAUUGUAUUUAAGAUUGCUAUAAGACAAAUAGUUACUAUUAACA